GUAAUGGAUGGGUGAAAGGAAAGAUGGCGGAGAAGGCGCAGAAGAGUGUGAAGAUUGCUCCUGGAGCUGUUGUCUGUGUGGAGAGUGAAAUCAAAGGAGAUGUGACUAUUGGACCUAGGACAGUGAUUCACCCCAAAGCCCGAAUCAUUGCAGAAGCUGGACCAAUUGUGAUUGGGGAAGGUAAUCUUAUAGAAGAACAGGCAAUUAUCAUUAAUGGCUAUCCUGAAAACAUUACUCCUACUACAGAGGAGGUGGGAACCAAACCCAUGGUCAUUGGCACUAAUAAUGUGUUUGAAGUUGGCUGUUAUUCUCAAGCAAUGAAAAUAGGAGACAACAACGUAAUUGAGUCCAAAGCAUUUGUUGGUAGAAAUGUGAUCCUGACAAGCGGCUGCAUCAUUGGUGCCUGCUGCAACGUCAACACGUACGAAGUCAUCCCCGAGAAUACUGUAAUCUACGGAGCGGACUGUCUUCGUCGAGUGCAAACUGAGCGGCCACAGCCACAAACAUUACAGUUGGACUUCCUCAUGAAAAUCCUCCCAAAUUAUCAUCAUCUUAAAAAGGCUAUGAAAGCAACAUCAACACCUGUGAAGAGUUGAAAGCCUUCCUGGUCGUGGUCAAAAUUGUAUCGGAGAUGUUACCGUCUGCUUUCUGGAUUUCAUAUUUGCAAGAACUAACUUUUCUGGUUAGUCUGGAUAUUUAGUCAUUCAAUUAUGCAGCUUAAUUUUAUUUAUUAAAAUAUGAAAAAUAAAAUGUGCCA